CCGGAAGGACCAGAAGAGCAUCUAAUGGUGAUAUUUCGUGGUGGCACUGAUGAGCAUUUUCUAGAUUGCAAAUACCAGUGGGUGCUGAUGCAGUGGCAGAGAUGACAGGAGCAGAUAUUUAUGGCUUGAGAGGGAGGCUUAUUUCUCUAGCUCUGGUUGCUCUUGUCCUUAUCAUCACGUUUCAGUGGACAUAUAAAAAUCCAUUCGCCAGAACGUCUCUGUCAGCCCAAGAGUGGUAUAAUAUGCCUUCUGCAGGUUUGCCUUCAGGAUUGCUUGAUGAAGCCCCAAAUAAUGCAAUCAAAACUGCAAAUUUGACAAAAGGAUUGCCAGCUGAAGCCCCUGAUAAUCAAAUGGGAACUGCAAAGCGUGCUCAGGGUGAAGAAAAAUCUUCAAGUUCCGUCAUCGAUGUUGAAACCAAAGAUCAACUUGAUAAUGUCAGUGCAGCAGUGGUGCCUAUAGAUUUUAUAACAGCGGAAUCUCCUCAAGUGCAACACGCUCGAAAUAUUUCCAGCGGCCAGGUCUGUAAUUACGCCAAGGGUAGAUGGAUUGCAGACAGCAGGAGACCAUUGUAUUCUGGGUUUGGAUGUAAACAGUGGUUGUCAACAAUGUGGGCAUGUAGAGUGACUCAGAGACCAGAUUUCUCAUAUGAGGGAUUCCGCUGGCAACCUCAAAAUUGUGAUAUGCCAGAGUUCGACCGAUCUGCAUUCUUGAGAAAAAUGCAGGACAAAACAAUUGCAUUCAUAGGAGAUUCAUUGGGGCGGCAACAAUUUCAAUCUCUGAUGUGUAUGGCCUCUGGGGGCAAACCGAGCCCUGAAGUUAAGAAUGUAGGAUAUGAGUAUGGUCUUGUUAAGCGCCGGGGAUCUAGUCGCCCUGAUGGCUGGGCUUACAGAUUCCCCAAGACUAACACCACAAUUCUGUAUUAUUGGUCAUCCACCCUUUGUGAUCUGCAACCCCUAAAUAUCAGUGACCCCUUCACCAAUGUUGCCAUGCAUUUAGACCGCCCUCCAGACUUCAUGACUCGUUUCCUUCAUCACUUUGAUGUUUUGAUUCUCAAUACAGGCCACCACUGGAACCCUGGGAAGCUUAAUUCAAACAGGUGGGUUAUAUAUGUUAAUGGAAAGCCAAAUGAUGAAAAGCUAGCACAAAUGGAAAAUGCCAAGAACUUCACAGUCUUUAGUGUUGUGAAAUGGCUUGAUUCGCAACUCCCAUCACAUCCCGGACUCAGAGCUUUCUUGAGGACUGUAUCACCCAGGCAUUUCUUCAAUGGGGAUUGGAACACUGGAGGUAGCUGUGACAAUAACAUCCCAUUAUCUCACGGAAGUGAGGUUGGACAAGAAGGAUCAAUGGAUGUAACCAUCGAGGGUGCGCUAAAGGGUAGAAAGAUUAGAAUACUGGAUAUAACUGCUAUUUCACAAUUGAGGGAUGAGGCUCACGUCUCGCGUUACAGUACGAGAGGAAUCCUCAAUGCAAGCGAUUGCUUGCACUGGUGCUUGCCCGGAAUUCCAGAUACGUGGAAUGAGAUCCUUGUUGCUCAGAUAUAGGCCCACAACCUAAGCCCACCGGCCCAAACAAAACAGAGAGAGAGAGAGGGUAUUAUACCC